GAGCGGAAUACCUUCGCAUUAUUGUAAUUUUCCGUGAAAAUGGAUUUUAGAAAAUAGACUUGGGUAAACGAUAAAGUCAAGAUUUUCGAGUUUGAACAAGAGGCUAGAAAUCGACUAGCCUAGGUCCAAGAUAUUCUAAUAAUUGGAUUUAACAAUAGUAACAAUUUACCGGCAAGAUACGUGAAUGCUAUGUUAACGUCUCAUGUGAAAAUCUUCAUGUGUUAGAUUGCAUUGUUAUGAAUCGAGGGGAUGUACAGUGUAGUACAAGAUGGUUAAUGUACAUGGAAUCACUCACACGUGGAAUCGGAGAAACGUGGAAUUUUUUGAGCGAUAAAAGAAUUACAAUAUGACUAAAUCAUGAAAAUUGCGCUGAUGGAUCGCGAUGAUUGUAUAGAGGAGCAGGCUCCUCGCUCUCUGAAAUUGACUUUUCCACCCAGUCGAGUAGGAGUCAAUCCUGAAAAGGAUUGCAGCUCUACGCGCGUCGAGGUGGUCUCUCAAGCGAAUAACGGAAGUCAACACCUUCAAAACUAUUGGCCUGUCUUCUCAGUGAUGCGGCCUAUUAACGAGAAUUAUCCGCAUCCAGCCCCAGGAACUGAAGGUAGCACCGCACCUUCCGUUGGAUGUUUUCAAGGUGUUAAGGAUGUCGUCUGGAAUUGGAAGCCACAAAAUGGACACGUAUUUCCUGAACAUAUGGAUGAUGCUCUACAUAUCAUACCUGAGUUAGCCGUUCCGCCGUCUCUGCCUCCAAGAGGUUUAAAACCGGCAAACGGAACCCCAACGGUGACACUUCGGGCGUCAAGGCCAGCGCCCCUCGUUGGGACAACGGGCCUUCCGCAGCUGUUUCAUGCCCCAUUUUCGUCCCAGGCAAGCUCCUGCCCUGGAAUGCUUCCACAUAAUCAUAAUUAUACGCAGAGCCAUCGCAAGCUCGUCAGUCUGAUAGCCGGAUUCGAUAAAGACCACGUCAGUGGACAUGUGGAGACCGCACAAAGUUUUCCCAUUGAACGCCACGAUUUCACACUUCUUCGUGAAUCAUCUAUCUAUGAGCCAGCUUCGUUCUCGAAAGAUUCGUCAGCAUUUUGUGGCGGGAGAAACGACGAACUUCGACCCAUGGACGAGACAAACCGAACGGCGGAACUCACAGACACAGCGCGAGUUGGCAGUAGAAAUUCUGUUUGGGCCCACGAUUUUGGAAGCCAAAACGAUCCGACCGCAAUCGAAGCCAACUGUUUCUGUUGCUGUUUUACCACGUUCUGUCUAGUGAUGUCAAUCAUCUUAUUAACAGCAUCGGCUGUCCUCGCUAUUAUACAUGGAGCGGAAGUGUAUAGGCGAAAAAUGGCUACGCUUGAUCCAGACACGUUUUUUUACACGCUUGCUGAUCGGAGAACGGAUAAACGUGCAAGUUCAUCGGCCAACAAAACAGCAAUGACGCACUCUUGCGAGUCUUUUGUUGUUGAACCCUGUAUACCGCAUCUUCCGUACAAUUUCACCGGUUAUCCGAACCUCGUCGGGCACAACUCGUCGAAAGAACUUAAUUGGGAUUUGAGAAUGUUUCGAGAAGUGAUGGACGGUGAAUGUUAUCCUUUAGCAGGCUUGUUUCUCUGCCAUCUUCUACAACCACAAUGUGAUUCGCAAACUCGCCAAAAGGUGAAUCCGCCGUGCCGUGAAUUCUGCGAGUAUUUCCUCUACCGUUGUAAUGCCUUCGUUCCUGACCGAAUUCGCUCGCAAAUCAAUUGCCACUCUCUGUCCAACCACAACUGCACCCUAAGGCCACCAUGCUCUGCGGAGUUGUUGGUCCUCAGCGAAGGCGAGAAAAUUUGCGAUGGCACAGUGGACUGCCCGGAUCACUCAGACGAAAACGGUUGCGCCACGACGGCACCUCCAAUGCUACCCAAUAGUUCCACUACCAGUCUGUGGUAGGAGAUAUAGGAUAUUUUUUAUAUUAUUGUCAAACAUUAUUCUCAGCACUGCCUAAGGUUAUUUUUACCUUUUUGCGGUGUGGAUACUUUACCGAAAAUUCACAGCAUGUUUAUCCACAUGUAUUUUAUUACGCUCGUCUGAUAAAUGUGAACAUGUUUUCCUCACAUGACGUUAUCAAAUGCAUGUUCGCCGAAAAGAAUUGGAAGUCCUUUACACAAUUUGGAAUCAAAACAUAUAUAUAUAUAUAUAUAUAUAUAUAUAUAUAUAUAUAUUUGACAAAUCAAACAUUCCAACCAACUAAUUUUCAGCAUCCGAAGCUAGGUUAUCAGUUUUCACGUAUUAAAACCAGGCAAGCAGCGAUAGAACUGUUACACUUUGUUAGGUUUUUUAGGCACAGUACCAAACAUUGUUUUUAAUGGAACGACGAUAAUAAUUGCGGGAUACAAUUUAUAAACAAAUGUUCAACCGACAAAUAGCUCGUCAGCGAAUUAUAUACUUCUCUGCUGGUUUUUCUUUUUUGUAGAUUACCAGGAGAACUCCAGAUUGCCCAUAUUUUCCGCCGGGUUUCGUUGAUAUAUGAUAUCAGGAUAUGUUUUUAUAAAUUUCUAAAACCAGGAACUGAGCUAUUUCGA